AUGGGUGCUAGACCAUCUAUACCGGAUUCAAUUAAUAUCGAUGAAAUUAUAAAUAAUACAGGACUUUCAAAAAAACAAAUAUCUGCCUUAUGGACUCGUUUUUAUGAACUCGAUUGUGAUGAGCGAGGUGAAACUAAAGGAUGUAAAGGCUAUUUAGAUGAAAAUGAUUUUGGUCGUGUACCAAAAUUUGAUGAAAAUCCUAUAGCGCCUCGAUUAAUAAAAGUUAUUUUCGAUGAUUUUGGUUCGGAUGUAAAAUUAACAUUUCCUCAAUUUGUUACUUUUAUGAGUACAUUUAGUCAAUGUGAACGAGGUGGACAUGAACAUCAUCAUCGCCUUCAUCAUCAUCAUGCCAAACGUCGCUCAUCAAUUCAAACAUUAACAACAAAUAAUACUCCCCAAAUGGGAUCUUCAACAGGAACCGAUGUUGAAAAUGUGAAAUACUCUGCAGAUGAUACGCCGAAAACACGAAAAAUUAAAUUCAUGUUUCGCAUGUACGACAUUGAUCGUGAUGGACGUCUAUCGAAAGAAGACAUACAGGAAACACUUAAAAUGAUGGUUGGUAAAAUUAGUGACGAAGAAGCAUCGAUUAUAGCAGAAAAGGUCCUUGGCGAAUUCACUGAUGAACAACAAAAUUCAACUGUUUCACUUGAAACAUUUGAAGAUACACUUAAAACACUUGAUUUUAUGGAUAAGAUGGGUUUAAAACUUUUGAAAUAA